CAAGUUGGGGGGUUUUUUUUUUUUUGUUGAAUUCAUUUUCUUUCCGAUUUUCUCUCUCAUUUUCUCGGGAAAAUGUUCAUCGAAAACUUUAAGGUUGAGAGCCCAAACGUAACGUACAGAGAGGGUGAGAUUCACUCCGUGUACAACUAUGAAACCACAGAGCUUGUCCAUGAGAAUAGGAAAGGAACCUACCAGUGGAUUGUCAAGCCCAAAACUGUCAAAUACGAGUUCAAAACUGAUACUCGUGUCCCUAAAUUAGGGGUCAUGCUGGUGGGAUGGGGAGGAAACAAUGGCGCAACUCUCACUGGUGGGGUCAUAGCGAACCGAGAAGGUAUCUCUUGGGCAACCAAAGAUAAGGUGCAGCAAGCCAAUUACUUCGGCUCACUGACCCAAGCAUCCUCCAUUCGUGUUGGGUCUUUCAAUGGCGAGGAGAUUUAUGCCCCAUUCAAGAACCUUCUUCCCAUGGUAAACCCAGAUGACGUUGUGUUUGGAGGUUGGGACAUAAGCGACAUGAACCUAGCUGAUGCCAUGGCAAGAGCAAAAGUGUUUGACAUUGACCUCCAAAAGCAGCUGAGGCCCUACAUGGAGUCCAUGGUCCCACUUCCUGGAAUCUACGACCCUGAUUUCAUUGCUGCCAAUCAAGGCCCACGUGCUAACAGCGUGAUCAAGGGGACCAAGAAGGAACAGGUCGAACAAGUCAUCAAAGACAUUAGGGAGUUCAAGGAGAAAAACAAGGUGGACAGAGUGGUUGUGCUAUGGACAGCCAACACCGAGAGGUACAGCAAUGUGAUUGGGGGGCUAAACGACACCGUGGAAAACCUUUUGGCUUCCUUGGAGAAGAAUGAAGCUGAGAUUUCACCUUCCACCUUGUAUGCCAUUGCAUGUGUUCUUGAAAAUGUCCCUUUCGUCAAUGGAAGCCCACAAAACACUUUUGUCCCAGGGCUGAUUGAUUUGGCUAUUAAGAAUAACACCUUGAUUGGUGGGGAUGACUUCAAGAGUGGUCAGACCAAGAUGAAGUCUGUGUUGGUAGAUUUCCUUGUUGGGGCUGGUAUUAAGCCAACAUCCAUUGUGAGCUAUAAUCAUUUGGGCAACAAUGACGGCAUGAACCUCUCAGCCCCACAAACCUUCCGAUCCAAAGAGAUCUCAAAGAGCAAUGUUGUGGAUGACAUGGUCGGCAGCAACGGUAUCCUCUAUGAGCCUGGCGAGCAUCCUGACCAUGUGGUGGUCAUCAAGUAUGUGCCAUAUGUGGGGGACAGCAAGAGAGCCAUGGACGAAUACACCUCUGAGAUAUUCAUGGGUGGUACAAACACAAUUGUGCUCCACAACACAUGCGAGGACUCACUUUUGGCUGCUCCCAUCAUUCUAGAUUUGGUUCUCCUUGCCGAGCUCAGCACCCGUAUCCAGAUCAAAGCUGAAGGAGAGGGCAAGUUUCACUCCUUCCACCCAGUGGCUACCAUCCUCAGUUACCUCAUCAAGGCUCCUCUUGUCCCACCGGGAACCCCGGUUGUGAAUGCUCUGUCGAAGCAGCGAGCAAUGCUUGAGAACAUACUGAGGGCUUGUGUUGGAUUGGCUCCAGAGAACAACAUGAUAUUGGAAUACAAGUGAACAACAUGAUCAAGAAAGUUCAAGAGAAGUGAAAGCUCCUCUCCAUCUGCUACUUUUGGAUCUACAAGAUUGUAUGAGAAAAUCUGUGUACUUCUCUGCGUUUGAACUCUUGUAAUUUUUGUUGUUCUCUAAGUGUUUUGUUUCAGGAAAGUGCCUGUGUACCGGUGUUGCUUGAGCUCAUUAAGAAGCUAAGCGACCCUUUUGCCGUUGGAAAUAGAUAAGUUUAUAUAAACUAAUAAGAUUAUUUUUAAACUUAUGUGGUUCAACUGUGCAAAUUGUCAUUACCUAAUAUAUAGCUGUUUCCUGACUCCA